UAUUUCCUUCGUCUUCUUCAUUUCAACUCAUUCACUCAUUUCAAAGAACACUCAACAACACGCACAACAAGAAAAGAAAGCAUGAGCGCUCAUCACACUAUUGUCAGUCUGCUGGACGAUGAUCCGCUGACCCGCGCAAUGAAGCAGCAGCAGCAGCAGCAGUCAGCAAAGAAGGAGCGAUCGAGCCUGACCGAAGCACAGCUCGCCCAGCCUCGUGCUCUGGCGGCGGCCAUUGCGGGCUCUGAGCGCGCAGCAGCAGCAGCGGCAGCGGCAGCAUCAGCAUCAGCAUCCGCAUCAUCGUCAGGUGCUCCCACGGACGCGCGCAUGGCGAUGGACAUUGCCAUUCGCAAGUCCGAAGAGUCCCUCACGCACCUCGUCAGCCGCGGAGACACGCUGCAGGGUAUCUCGAUCAAAUACGGCAUUUCUAUUGAAAACCUGAAGCGAUCCAACAACCUGUGGAAUCAGAACGCACUCAUGAUCAAGAAGAGCGUAGCCAUUCCAAUCAAGUUUUGCACGCCAGAGGCGUUGAUCGAGCUCGGAUGGCAGCCCGGAACCAGCCUUGCGGCUCUGGCCGCUGCUUCCACGAACGCUUCCGGCGCUUCGACCUCUGGGCAAUCCAACGGAUCCGUCUCUGCAAACCAACUCUUGCAAAAGUACGACUCGCAGCUCGCACAAUCCAAGGCCUUUGUCUCGAAGCUGGACUCUGCAUUCCCCGAGCCUCCUCCGGCGCUUGCUGUUGCGCGGAGCACUGCAGUCCCGCGAUCUGGCAGUGCGCCCACGACACCGCAGCCGCGAGAGCGACACUUCAUUCUCCCCGAGAACACGGAACGGCCUGCGUCCUUUGACAAGGGCAAGCGAAAGCUGAACGAAAACGAGCACAUUCUGGACGAUGACUUGUUUUCUUUGUAAUGUGUUUAUUCCAGUGCCUCUGGAAUGAGUUUGAACAACACGCUGUACAAUUACCAUCAAAACAAAACAAAACAAAAAAAGGACGAAAAAUACAAAAAAAACUACAAAAAUAC